AUGAGAGAAAUCGUCCAUCUUCAAGCCGGGCAGUGCGGCAACCAAAUUGGAGCGAAGGUUAGUUAGUUUGCGUGAACCAAUCUAGCAAAUUAUCUCCAAUUAGCAUUUAGCACACAUUUUAGUGCCAGACUUGAAUAAUUUGGCUGCAUGCGGAGGAGAUCUUCUCCGCGCAAUUUCCGGCUCAAUAGGCAAUUCCAGCUAUAUACUAAAUUUUGAUCUAGGCAAGAGGAACAAAAUCCAUCACCACAGCUUGUACAGCUAGAAAGAGCAUGUUAAAAUUAGUAAACUGAUUGCAAAGUUUGGUUGCGCAAUGUUGUAAAACGAGGACAAUAUAGCUAUAUAGCCCUGUGAAGUUCGCAAAUUUUGUAUAGAUUUGUAUUACGAGCGGUAAAAAUAACCACUUUCGGAUCAAGAAUACAAAUCUAUACCAAAUUUGCGAACUUCACAGGGCUAUAUUUUCCUCAUUUUACAACAUUUCGCAACCAAACUUUGCAAUUUUUCUAAUUUUAACAUGCACUGGUCUUUCUAGCUGUGGUGAUGGAUUUUGUUGUUCUUGCCUAGAUCAAAAUUUAGUCUAUACCUGGAAUUGCCUAUUGAAAAUUUGGGUGUCGUCCGCAUUGUUAGAUAAUAUGUAUAUUUUUGAACUUACUACGCAUGCAUUUUAAAUCCUCUUUGAGUGCAGGAGUAAGGUUAAACAUAUACGCAUGUAGUAUUGAAUAAUUAUAUUUGUUUGUACUUCUAACGAGGCAACCGCGCAAAAUAUGUUUUGAGCAUCCGUUUUGGGCAUCAGUUAUUUCUUCCCUAUACGAUUUGCAAGGAUUCCAGUCUGGGUUUAAUGAAUGAAUGAACGAACGCUGCAAUGUUGUAACAAAAUUUUGCUUUCUUGUAUAGUUUUGGGAAGUUAUUUCAGACGAACAUGGGAUAGAUCCUACAGGAUGCUACAAUGGAGAUUCAGAUUUACAACUCGAAAGAAUAAAUGUAUAUUACAACGAAGCAACGGGUACGGUUUCCAAUUCGUAAAAGCUUGGAAAAAAAACGCUCACAAUUUUCAUCUUCUAUAUUAACCGUCUGACAGUCCAUUUUUCAACUCUAUUUCAGGCGGAAAAUAUGUUCCAAGAGCAAUUUUGGUGGAUUUGGAACCGGGAACAAUGGAUUCCGUCCGCUCCGGACCAUUUGGACAGAUUUUCAGACCAGAUAAUUUUGUAUUUGGUAAACAGUUUAAUCAACUGUUUAUUUCAUGAUAUUGACUUCAUUAUAUCGUGCAGGGCACUCCAUGCUUUCUUUGCUAUACAUAAAAUAUUUGUAACCAACUUUUUCUUUCAAUUUUCAGGGCAAAGUGGGGCCGGAAACAAUUGGGCUAAGGGACAUUACACAGAAGGAGCUGAACUGAUAGACUCUGUUCUCGAUGUUGUCCGAAAAGAAUCCGAAGGCUGCGAUUGCUUGCAAGGCUUUCAACUAACACAUUCUCUUGGAGGCGGCACAGGUUCUGGAAUGGGCACCUUGCUUAUUUCAAAAAUCCGUGAAGAAUACCCCGACAGAAUAAUGUGCACGUAUAGUGUGGUACCCUCGCCUAAAGUUUCAGACACAGUUGUUGAACCAUACAAUGCCACCCUCUCAGUACAUCAACUUGUAGAAAACACAGAUGAAAGCUAUUGUAUUGACAAUGAAGCUUUAUAUGACAUCUGUUUCCGAACCCUGAAAUUGACCACACCCACAUACGGUGACUUAAAUCACCUUGUUUCGGCUACGAUGAGCGGUGUGACAACCUGUCUAAGAUUCCCUGGUCAGGUAAGCUAGUUCGAAAUAAAAAUAAAAUAAAAUAUUAGAAUAUGGAAUUUACUUGUGCUGCCGGUGAUUAAUUUUUAAUUUGAUUUAUUUGCAUAAUGGAUCAUAUUUUUUAUACAGUCAAAUGCAUGUCAAAACUUGUAGAUUCCAGCUGGCAUUGAGAAGAUAAUAUUUGUCUUUCUGACAGCACUUUGAUUAAUCCAAAAAUAGACGGCAUUUUCUGUGUAAACCGACUGAAUUUACGAAGAACUUUCAAUUUGCAUAAUGCUAUUGGAUUUUCAAUUUGCAGAACGGCUCUGGAUAUUUAAAAGCAGUGUCAAGAAUCCAGGCCUAGCCAGGGGGGACAGGGUUACCAGAAUACCAAUAUAUACUCCAUAACACUGGCUCAAGAUACCAGUAUACUUCAAAUUCCAGAUUAGGCCUGUCUGCCAGAGUACUUAAUCUUGCAUGGGUGAAUGUAGGAUUUCAACCUUUUUAGCAAUAAAAUACUGUAUAUCAAAAGUAAAAUGGUCUAAAUACCAAUAUACCUGUAACUCCUGGCCUUGUGACAAUUUAAUAAUGGUGUUUUGGUGACUGUAUAGUAUGAAUGAAAAGUGAAUAAAUUUAUUUUUAAUAUUAAUUGUUUCAUUUGAUAAUUAGUUGAAUGCCGAUUUAAGAAAAUUGGCGGUGAACAUGGUACCAUUCCCGCGACUUCACUUCUUCAUGCCAGGCUUUGCGCCACUCACCAGCCGUGGCUCCCAGCAAUAUCGUGCACUCACUGUACCAGAACUUACUCAGCAAAUGUUCGACGCAAAGAACAUGAUGGCAGCUUGUGAUCCCCGUCAUGGUCGAUAUCUCACUGUAGCUACGAUGUUCCGUGGUCGAAUGUCCAUGAAGGAAGUCGACGAACAAAUGUUGAACAUCCAGAACAAGAAUAGCGCUUACUUUGUGGAAUGGAUUCCAAACAAUGUGAAGACUGCAGUCUGUGAUAUUCCUCCCAGAGGUCUGAAAAUGUCUGGUACCUUCAUUGGAAACAGCACUGCCAUUCAAGAAUUGUUCAAGCGAAUCAGUGAGCAAUUUACAGCUAUGUUCCGUCGCAAAGCUUUCUUGCAUUGGUAUACUGGAGAGGGCAUGGAUGAAAUGGAAUUUACUGAGGUUUGUAUUAAAACCAUACCUUUAUUUCUUGUUCUAAAAGCCGUAACAGUUUAGCUUUCGGAGGGAAGUUUUAAAUAGAGUUUUGACAUCUUAAACAUUUAUCUGGAAGUAAAGACUUGCUUCAAGUUUUGUUUGGGAGUAAUAAAGGAUUAAGAAACUGAAGCUCUUUUCUCAAAAUAUUUGACAUGCAAGGCGGCUAUAGUUGCAUUUCUGAGCGAGACAGCAAGAUGCUCAAAUUUCAAACUGCGAGCGAGUCUGCUGCAUGAGAGGGCUGUGCAAUAUGUUGCUCAUCAUCUAGACUUCAUUAAUUGUUUAUAACUCCUUGUUUCAACAGGCUGAAUCAAAUAUGAACGACUUGGUCUCUGAAUAUCAACAAUAUCAAGAAGCGACAGCCGAGGAAGAAGGAGAAUUUGAAGAAGAGGAAGAAGAUGAAGCUUGA